AACAUACCAGUGCCGGACAGCCAACACAAUGAGGACAUACGCGAGUCUGACGAUGCAAAUCGUGACGACAGCCCUAAUUAUCCUGAAACGGGAGGACAUCCACAAGCAAACUUGCAGUCGUACCAAAUGGCUGGACGCCUACGACUACGUGGUGGUGGGCUCAGGAUCUGCCGGCGCAGCAGUCGCCUACCGGCUCACCGAAGACCCCAACGUAAUGGUGCUGUUGCUGGAGGCGGGCGGACCUCAAAGUGUAAUCACAGACAUACCCGAGAACUACAUCAAUAACCUGAACACGGAGUACGACUGGGGCUAUAAAAACGUACGCAACCCGGAGGUGGGCGUGGCGUUCACAGGCGGGCAGAUACCGCAAAACAGGGGCAAAGUGUUGGGCGGUUCGUCCACUUUGAACGCCGUUAUCUUUAAUCGGGGUAAUCGUAAGGACUACGACAACUGGGCCCUACAGUAUGGCGCUAAGGGCUGGUCCUAUAAGGAGGUGUUACCGUAUUUUAUGCGCUUUGAAAACAAUACCGACCCUCGCGUUGUGGCUGAGAGUCCCGGCUAUCAUAGCACUGAGGGUCCGGUGCAGAUCAAGUCGUGGCAUUUGCCCGAACCUAUUAUUCACCAUCAUCAAAGGGCGCUACAUGAGCUAGGUCAUAAGGAUACCGAUAUUAAUGGACCCCAACAGGUGGGGACAUGUAUUAUGCAAGCGUUUCAGCGUACAGAUGGUAUGCGCUCCAGUACUGCAAAUAGUUACCUGGAUCCCAACCCCCACCCCCAUAACCUUCAUAUACUGACGUACGCCCAUGCCACCAAAAUACUGUUGGGUGCCUUGAAAGGGCUGAGCGCUGAGGCCGUGGAGUUUCAAAAAGAUGGCAAACUUCAUAGAGUAAAGGCGCGCCGGGAGAUUAUUGUGAGCGCCGGCUCCAUAAACACCCCUCAGCUCCUGAUGCUGUCGGGAAUCGGACCCAAAAAGCAUCUGAAAGACUUGCGAAUACCAGUGAAGGUGGACCUACCGGUGGGCGAGUUUCUCAAAGAUCACCCGUCCCUCAGUCUACCGACGCUCGUGAAAGAUGAACGCCUCGUCCACCCGUCCGCCGAACUAAAUGUCCGACAAAUGCAUCAAUUCUUUAGCAACGGUUCCGGACCUUUGACUGAAUUCUUUCAUUCCAUCACUUAUUUGAGUACUAAAUAUAAUGACGACAAGGAGUUCCCAAACGUGGCCUUCGAGAUCAUAGUGCAAAGAUUUCCCGAAAGUCUUGAGACGCCGGUAGUGAACGACUACGAGGACCGCCAGAAGUGGAAUAAAUAUUGGGAACCAUUUCUCGGCAAUUACUACCUAUUCCUACAGCCCAUACUCAAACGGGUCCGGAGCUACGGCACCGUACGCUUAGUCUCGGCCAACCCUUUUGACUACCCUCUCAUUGAUCCCAAAUUCUUGGCCGACCCUAAAGACUAUCAGGACUUCUUUGAGAUCACACGAUAUGUACUGGAGUUCAUCGAGAAGUCGUCGUUCAGUAAACAUGUCGUUCCCCUCAAACCCAUACCCGGCUGUAGCUUCUGUCGCCUAAAAGCUAUACAUAACUGCGACACGUAUAUCAAGUGCCUUAUCAAACAGGUCACGCGUACGGGCUAUCAUCCCGUGGGAACGGCACGUAUGGGUGCUAUCGAUAGGGAUGAUGUGGUGGUCGACCCAAAACUGCGGGUCAAAGGUGUGGCCCGACUGCGGGUUUGCGACUCUAGUAUAAUGCCGGAGCUCAUCAAUGGUAACACAAACGCCGCCUCUAUUAUGAUCGGCGAAAAGUGCGCCGAUUUAGUCAAACAGGACCAUCGCGGAGGUGAUUCCCAUAGAGAGAGGGGUCGGGGUAUAAGGGACAGGGAUUUUGAUAAAGAAUAUGAUAAGGAUUUUAAAUCUCACACAAAAUUAGAGGAUCAUGAUGAAAAGCCCCUUAAUGGUCGAGGUAUCAGGUAUAAUGAUAUGUAUCCUGAUGAUGAAUAUUCCGGUCCCGGGGUUGUCAACCCUAAAGCACAAAGGUAUGCAAAUGACAGGACUAAAUUGGGUCGGGGUAUAAGCGAUAAGGAGUUUGAUCCCCGCACAGAGUUAGGGGACAGAUAUGUUGAUCCCAAGGCUGUAAUGGGUCGAGGUAUUAAGGAUAAUACAUUCAUUCCAGAGGAAGAAUACACUGGUAAAAAGGAUCUCAAUGGGGACGGGUAUGAUAAGCCCCCGCCGUAUAAUAAUGAUGAUAAGAAAGUGAAGCCUUUGCUCAAGAAUCGUUAUACCGGUUAAUACUCAAUGAAUUAAUAAAUAUAUUGUUUUUCACAGUAAAAGAAUUUAAAAUAAGUUACUACUUAAUCAUUAGUAAUGAUAGCAUAAACUAAUAAAAUAAAAGUUGUUUAUUUCAUAUUAAAAUUAAAUGUUUUAAUAAACAAAAAUACUC